UGAGAUAAGAUAAGGCAACGUUGGAGAGCUAAAGUGUAGUGUGAUCCAUUAAUGGAGAGACAUGUUCGGCAUACAAGGACGUGUUUCCAUUUAGAAGUCAGCAGCCAUGAAGAACACAGCGCUGCCGGAGUCCCUCGCGACGGACCGCGCCUUGCCGUCCGCCGAAACAGCAUCUGGCAGAAGGACUCGGCUUUUUAAACAGACUCUCAUUGUUAUGAGUGUCUGCCUGACCUUCACGGUGUUCGCUGUUUCCGGGGGAUGGACCAACCCGGCUCUGUCUGACAUGAAUCGAGACCAGACCAGUGUUUAUGGAACCGCUAUGAUCCUUGAACCUUGGGAAGCGGAUAUGCUGGGCAGCCUAGUGGUGGUGGGCAUGAUCCCCGGGGCAUGGCUGGGGGGCUGGAUGGGCACGAGGGUCGGGCGCCGCCACUCCCUCAUGAUCCUGCAGGUGCCCGUUGUCCUAGGCUGGAUCCUCAUUGCACUCGCUUAUAAUCCUGCGAUGAUUCAUGUGGGAAGAGUGUUGCAAGGCAUCAACUCCGGGGCGUCGGGAGUGAUAGCAAACUCCUACAUCGUCGAAGUGUCAGACAUAGCAUACAGAGGAACCUUCGCCUCCCUGCCCGGAAUCUUCAUCAGCUUCGGAAGCAUCUCCACUCUCGCUCUAGGCUUCGUGCUGAGGUGGUUCCAGAUCCCGUAUGUUGGGAUUGCGCUUAGCCUUGUGGCAGCGGCUCUGCUCUCGUUUCUUCCGGAGAGUCCCACUUUCCUGACACUUUCGGGGAAGGAGGAGGAAGCUCGGAAGAUUCUAGCAAGUCUUCGAGGUCCAAGUGUCGACGUGGAGACGGAAAUGGAAACGGUCUGCAGAAUGAACGAAAACAAGAUGAAGGGAUCGUUCAGAAGCAUGCUUCACCCUAGAGUAUGGCGUUCUGUGGUCGUGAUUUGCAUAUUAAUGUUCUUCCAGAAUUUUUGUGGAUAUGCCGUCGUUGUGACAUUCACCACGAGAAUAUUCAUAGAAACAGGAGCUGCCGUCGACGAUAUGGUUGCCGCGCUUUUGGUGAUUGUCGUAACGAUGGCGGGUUUUAUCAUCUCAACGAUCAGCAUAGACAAGUUCGGCCGAAGGAGUCUCCUUGUGACUUCUACUUGCCUCAUUGCUCUCUUUUCGUUCCUCAUGGGGACCCACUCCUACCUUGAAAAGGACAAAAGCAUGGAGGUGUCAGUGUCGCUCUUGGAAUCAAACACCACCAUCGUCGAGAAUAUCGGGUAUACGAAUUACACCGUAGAUGGUCACUUAACUAUAGACCCGCCAGCGAGUGACAGCGCCUGGUGGUGGGUGCCUGUGGUGUGCAUGAUGGGGAUAACUGUCAGCGGCUCCUUAGGCAUCGGUCCGGUCUCCUGGAUUCUUUCGGCUGAAUACUUCCCUACGUCGGUUAGGACAAAGUGCAUGGCGAUCACCUCGACCAUGGUGAGCGUGUGGAGCUUCGCGGCGCUGCAGCUCUACUCGCCGCUCGUGCGCGCGCUCACCGCCGCCGGCCUCUUCUGGUUCUACGGCGGGGUGUCCGUUCUGGCCGCCAUCUUCUGCCUCACCUGCGUCGCGGAGACAAAGGAUAAGGCCAUUGGAUGAUUUAGCACAAAAGAUGCAACAGAGGUUUCAUUUGAUAUUAAGUAAAAGCAAAACAUUUUGUGUGCUCGUGUGAGUAUGUCUAUGCCUUAGUGGUUUACCGCUAUAAAAUCAGUGAUCCGAAGACAAUUUCGUCAUAAUGAUAUUUCAGUAAUCUGUAGUUUAUAUAACGAAUGUCCAUGAAAUUGUUAAUGGCAUAGCAAAAUUUUAGGGUUAGCAAAUGUACAUCAGAUAUAAAUAAUUAAUUUUGGUAUCAUAUUCGACCGUCAAAUUCACAGAAUACUUGCCGGUCACUUCGCAGAUGAUUUCCUAAAAACAUUUCCAUAUCAGGUGGAGUCGAGACUGAGUCUGCAAGUUCAUAAUACUCUGAUAGUAAAAGACAAUGAUAGAUAUUGUAAGCACAUAUAGCAUACAAACAUUAUACAUGCAAUACCAUU